AGUGUAGAACCAAUACAACCCCCCCGUUUACCAGUCUUCCCCCACUCUCUCUCUCUCUCGUCCUCUGCUCUGAAAUCCGGAAAGAAAGAGAAUAAAACACUGACAGAACGAGCACUGUUGGCGGAAGUGGUGGCGCCGGCGGCGACUGAGAUGUGGAAUUGGUGUUUUAAGCCGCUGAAAGACUGCUUCGAGGGCGAAGACGACGAUGUUCUUCUGUGGGACAUGGACUUGAAGCGCCACGCCACUGGGGACUAUUCCAUGGCGGUGAUUCAAGCCAAUUCUUUGCUUGAAGAUCAGGGUCAGGUUUAUGCCACCCCCUCCGCCACCUAUGUCGGCGUUUACGACGGCCAUGGCGGCCCUGAAGCUUCUCGUUUCAUUUCCAACCACCUUUUCCGUUACAUCCAAGGCUUUUCAAAGGAGCUAGGAGGAUUGUCAGAGGAGGUAUUAAGGAAGGCACUGGAUGCAAUUGAGGAGGAAUUUUUGCGCAUGGUUAAAAGGUCAUGGUUAGCACAGCCACAGAUGGCUUCUGUGGGAUCAUGUUGUCUCACUGCUGCAAUAUCAAAUGGGGUGCUGUUUGUGGCAAAUCUUGGGGACUCGAGGGCGGUGCUAGGCCGGAGAGUGACAACGACAGAUGGUGGGGUGAGUAAUUCGGUGGUGGCAGAACGAAUGUCGACAGACCACAAUGUUGGGGUUGAGGAGGUGAGGAAGGAGGUCGAGGCACUGCAUCCUGAUGAUUCACACAUUGUAGUGUAUACUCGAGGGGUUUGGCGAAUAAAGGGGAUAAUUCAGGUUUCAAGAUCAAUUGGAGACAUCUACCUGAAAAAACCCGAGAUGAACAGAGAUCCUCUCUUUCUGCAAUAUGGAUGUCCUGUUCCUUUAAGACGAGCUGUAAUGUCAGCAGAGCCCUCUUUAUUGACACGCCAGUUAAGACCAGAAGAUUUGUUCUUGAUUUUCGCAUCAGAUGGCCUUUGGGAGCAGUUAUCUGAUGAAGAGGCAGUCGACAUUGUCGUCAAAAAUCCCAGAAGCGGAAUAGCAAAAAGACUCGCAAAAGCCGCCCUCAACGAGGCUGCAAAGAAGCGGGAAAUGAAGUACGAAGAGAUUAAAAGAAUAGAGAAGGGCACAAGGCGCCAUUAUCACGACGAUAUUACUGUGAUCGUUAUAUACUUGGAUCAAUCUCAAGGCACUCCAAAUGGUAGAGUAAUGGAUCGAGAUCGAGACAACUCUAACUGCACAACAACUCCAGUCGACAUAUUCUCUUUGAACUCAGAUCAAGCCGAGGAUUCGCCCUCUGCAUCUCCCUCAGUCCCUAUCAGAUCUUUCUGAUCUUCCAAUGGUGUAUAUAAUGUUGUGUGAAAAGGUGGUUUCUUCACUCCUAUGAUUUAAGGUGUUCUGCAGUUCUGUUCUGGAUAUCUUGUGAAGCUCAAGGUGCCUAAAAUGUACUAUAUAUAUAUAUGUUGUUGAAGGGUAAUGAAGUUUCCAAUUUUUGUUUGUUGUUGUAACAUAUGACUUUUGUCGUUGGAAACUUGGAAUGUUUUUGCAGGAUUUUAUACGUUGUACGAAACUAAUAAUAUAUACUAUAUAUAUGGAGUGGGUUUAUGGAUGACA